AUGCAGGAGGUUAUUAAAAAUUAUAAAAUUAUUAAAAAAAUCGGUCAAGGAGCAACUGGAAUAGUGUAUGUUGUAGUAGAUGAAAAUAACAAUUAUUAUGCUUUAAAACUUUAAAGUAAUAUAUCAAAUUCUGAAAAAGCAAUGAACAAUUAAAUCAAGGAAAUCAAAUUUUAGAAUGUUAUCAACACUUAUGAAUAAUUUGAAUACAAAAAGGACUUUUUUAAUUAUUUUUGUGUUGUAAUGGAUUUUUGUAAUACUGGAGAUCUUUAUUAAUAUUUGAAUUAAAAUCAUUUUAAACUAACUUUCGAAUAGAAGAAGUUUAUGUUAUUUUAGAUAGCUUUUGGUAUUUGGGAAAUCCAUUAAUUGAAUAUUAUUCAUCGGGAUAUUAAACCUUCAAAUAUACUUGUAUAGAUUUUUAAUAAUGAUCAAUUUUUAUUCAAAAUUUGCGAUUUAGGAUUGUCUAAAAUAUAAGAAAACCUAAACACUAUUAAUAUCGGAACUCCUUAUUAUAUGGCUCCAGAAUUAAUAGAUCCUAAUCAAUAGAAAGCAGAAUACGACAAGUCUGUUGAUGUUUGGGCAUUUGGAGCACUCAUUUUUGAUUUCUAUUCCAAUUAAUAAUUAUUUUUUGGACUUAAAAUAUCUUAAAUAUUUGACCAAAUUAAAAGUGGUUUAUUUUUGCAAUAAAAGCUUAUGGUGUAUGUUAAAGAUCCACUACUUCUUGAUAUUGCAAAGAGUUGCUUAUCCUAUUUUCCAAAAGCAAGACCAUCUAUUGAAUAAAUCCUUAUUUAACUUAAUGAACCUUGGUUUUAGUAAAAAAAAAAAUAAUUUAUGGAGUAAAAUUAAAAAAUUUUUAGUCCAAAUUAAGAUAAGAUUUUAGCUUAAAUUUAAGAUAAAAACGAUGAAAAAUAACCUUAAAAUCAAUAAUAUUAAACAGAAAAUUCAGUUCAAUGUUAAAAAAAAAUUGAAGAUCAGCCAAAAUAAAUAAUUUAAGAGUAGCAAAAAUAUGAUCAAAACUAAAAUAAAAUUUCAGAUCAGUCCCAACAAAUAAUUUAGAAUCGGCCAAGCUAAUUAGAGUAAAAUCAAGCAAGCUAAAUAAAAUCUAAUAGUUAUAUUCGAAAUAAAGUUAGAUUAAGAUGUUUGCUAUUUGAUUAAAACCUAAUUGAAUAAUUGUGCACUAUGAUAGAAAAAGGAUGCUAAUAAGAUUAAGUUGUGUAAUUAAUGGAUGAAGUAAUAAUAAAAUAACUUUAAUUCAAAAUGAAUCAAAUUAGAAAGAUAAAUUAAUGA